CUUGCACAAAGACGCCACACUUGGUCCGUGACACAAACUCAUCAAACAACCAAGUAGUCACACACGGAGCGCCAAGAAGCUUGCAGACAGAACACCUUCCCUGCAGGGCAGCGCAGACGGACAACCAUCCAGGGGAGUGCGUGUGCGUGGGGGCCGGGGAGGCGUUUUUCUUUUCUCUCCUAGCUUUUCCACAAGGUAGGACAGACACGUUGAGCUUGUCGGCUUCUCUCGUUAAGAAGGCAAACUAAGAAAGGAAAAGGGGAAAAGACGAAGGAAAAGAAGGCGACGUCGUGAUUGCGCGUCAGCGUCCGACUUUCCCGAAUCUGGGUGACUCGCGAGUUGCCCCACCACCACCCAAGCAGGUUCCGAAGCCUCCUCCACCAAAGAAUCACCUACGAGUAUCAAGUACAAGUUUUUUAAUUCGGCGCCGAUUCCCGGCACGCGGCGAGCAGCGGCGUCGAGGAGAAAGUUCCCCGCUUGAGGGCGAAAGCAGGCUUUUUGUGUGCCGGAGGACGCAAAGUUUGCCAACGUGCCAAAGGAGUUCGUCAGUUCUGUCAGAUGCGUCAUGCAGCCAUGUCCAAGGAGGCAGAUGUGAGAGGCAGCAGUGAGCGCCACACAGCCCCACAGGAGCCCACCGCCGCCACCGCGACCACGAGCAGUGACCCGGAGACGCCCAGCACGCCGCCUCCUCCUCAGCCUGCCGCAGCCAAGGCUGACCACGGAGCCGCCGCCGGCCCCGAGAGCGAGCCCUCCAGUAGUCGCAGCGGCGGUGUGGGCGCCGGCGGAGCGGGCGAGAGCUCCAUGCAGUUCAGCACCAGACCGCCUAGUGCUGAGCAGCCGGGCUUCAUGGGGACAUGGCAACAGCAGAGCACUGACGGCAACCUCCUCUACAGAAUGUCCCAGCAGGCCAUUCGCUGCACGCUGGUCAACUGCACGUGUGAGUGCUUCCAGCCGGGCAAGAUUCACUUGCGCACAUGCGACCACUGCAAACAUGGCUGGGUAGCUCACGCCCUGGACAAGCUGAGCACGCAGCACCUGUACCACCCGACGCAGGUGGAGAUCGUGCAGUCGAAUGUGGUGUUCGACAUCAGCAGCCUGAUGCUGUACGGUACGCAGGCGGUGCCUGUACGGCUCAAGAUCCUGCUGGACCGCCUCUUCUCCGUGCUCAAGCAGGAGGAGGUGCUGCACAUCCUGCAUGGCCUGGGCUGGACCCUGCGGGACUACGUGCGGGGCUACAUACUGCAGGACGCUGCGGGCAAGGUGCUGGACCGCUGGACCAUCAUGUCCCGAGAAGAGGAGAUCAUCACCCUGCAGCAGUUCUUGCGCUUCGGGGAGACCAAGUCCAUUGUGGAGCUGAUGGCCAUUCAAGAGAAGGAAGGCCAGGCCGUUACCGUUCCUUCCGCCAAGACCGACUCCGGGAUUAGGACGUUCAUUGAGAGCAACAACAGGACACGCAGCCCGGGACUACUUAUGCAUUUAGAAAAUAGCAGCCCAUCGAGCAUUCACCAUUUUGAGAAUAUCCCCAACAGUUUAGCCUUCCUUCUACCUUUCCAGUAUAUCAACCCCGUGUCCGCCCCCAUGCUCGGCUUGCCGCCCAACGGACUGCCGCUGGAACAAUCCGCUCUCCGGCUCCGGGAGCCCAGCUUGCCCAACCAAGUGGAACAGGUGGAGACAAGCGAGUCGGACGUGUCCCUCUCGCCCUUCCGUACCGGCCAGAGUCCGAGCCGCGGCCCACUCGGCGCCAUGAACAACAGCAACAGCAACAUUGAACCUAAAACGGAGUCUAGCAACAGGGCGUCCCCCAUCUCGCCAUCUCCAUCCCUCCAGCAGGCUCAACAGCAGAUGAGCCAGCAGCAGCAGCAGCAGCAGAGUCAACAGCAGUCCCAGAACCAGUCUCAGCAGCCCAACGCGCUGAGCGACCACCAGGGUCACCACCACUUUGUCAAGGAGGAGCAGUCCAAGUGCAUAAGCCACUCUCCGUUUUCCUCCAAGUUGCACCGCAUGCGGCGCAUGGCCUCCACCCCGCGCAAAGGCCGAGUGUGCUGCAACUCUUGCGGCAAGACCUUCUACGACAAAGGCACACUGAAGAUACACUACAACGCCGUGCACCUGAAGAUCAAGCACCGCUGCACCAUCGAGGGCUGCAAUAUGGUCUUCAGCUCCCUGCGCAGCCGCAACCGUCACAGCGCCAACCCAAAUCCGCGGCUGCACAUGCCCAUGCUGCGCAACAACCGCGACAAGGACCUCAUCCGUGCCAACUCCAACUCGAGUACGCCAGUCAUCUCGAGUACCAAAAAUGGUGGCUUCACCCUUACCAGUCCUGGCAGGCCACCGCUGGGCUUCACCACUCCACCGGUAGACCCCAUGCUUCAGUCCCCACUGCAAAGCCCGCUGGUAUUUCCCUCUCUUAAAUCCGUGCAGCCGGUACAACCGGUGCCUCCGUUCUAUCGUACGUUACUGACCUCGGCGGACCUCGUCAGUCCGCCGGUUUCACUGCAAACAAGCCCCAUUUUGCCCACCACCACCAACAGCACCACGCUGAUGGACCAGCAACAGCAGAUGCUGGCUGCGGCCGUGGCUUCACACAAUAACGCUCACAUGUCCGAGAUGGGAGCCACGUCUCAUAGCGUGAACGCGUCUAGUGGCAAUCAGGAGGCGGCGACGGGCCCCGCUGACCCCAUGCCCAAGAAAAAGCCUCGUAAAUCCAGCAUGCCCGUGAAGAUCGAGAAGGAAGUGAUCGAUGUGGCGGAUGUCUACGAGGACAAAGACGAGGAUGACGACGAUCACAUGAACCACAACCACCACCACUCCACGCCGCUCCUUUACAACACACACGUCAAAAUGAACGGAAACUACCACAGCAACAACAACAGCAGCAGCGGCGGCGGCACAGCGAACCACAGCGGCGGGAGCGGGCAGCAAUCCCCUUCCCAAGACGAGAUGAGCCCCGGCAUAACUCUGCGUGGCGUGAUGAGACAAAGUGAAGACGAAUGCCGGGAGGGAGCCGGCAGUGACGGCAGGGGCGAGCUCCAAGGCUCAAGCGACCUACGUUGUAUGGACAGCUACACUUCUGAGGACCAAGACCACGAAAGAGACUUUGAGAACGAGUCGGAAACCUCGGACUCAAAGAUGUAUUACCGGGACGAGUUGAUGGAUGUGGAGGAGCAGCAGAAACACUCCAAAAGUGACAAAGACCACCGCGACGAUGGCCACGAAGAAGGUCAUUUGAGGAAAGAAAUGGAAGGCAAGGGUCAGCUCUCGCCAUCCCCUCACCAGGAUUCGAUCAAGGUCAAGGAAGAGCUCAUCGACCCCACUUACGACAUGUUCUGCAUGAGCCAGUACGGCCUCUACAACGGCGGAAUGGCGGCGGCCGCAGCCGCAGCCGCCAGCAUGGCCGCCUUGCACGGGAGUUUCAUCUCCUCGAUGGGCUACGGCGCCAGCCCGCCCAAGUUCCCCACUUCCCAGUCGCCGGACGGAGACCCGUGUUCUAGUCCGGACCCCAAGAUCUGCUACGUGUGCAAGAAGAGCUUCAAAAGCUCCUACAGCAUGAAACUGCACUACAAGAACGUGCACCUCAAAGAGAUGCAUGUGUGCACUGUGGCUGGUUGCAACGCUGCGUUCCCUUCCCGACGGAGUCGAGACAGGCACAGCUCCAACAUUAAUCUGCACCGCAAACUGCUGACCAAAGAGCUGGACGACAUUGUCCUGGACCCCCAACUCACGCCACUGCCCAAGGACUUCGGAGCCGAGUUACUGGCCAAAUUUUAUGCCGGGCACCACCACCACAUGGCUUUGGACCCGAUGGGUGGGAUGGCUUUCCGGGGCCUUGGGCCCACCGCCGACUUGAUGCGUCGCGAGCAUUGCCCCACGGGAAACGAGUACCCCCAUCACCCUGUCCACCAAGACCUGAAGAACAACCACCAUCACCAUCACCAUCAUCAUCAUCAUCGCGGCUUCCCACGAGGCGGGCCGGACGACUACGUGGUCCUGGACCUGAGCACCACGUCCAUCGUCCAGUCCAAUGGCAGCAUCCACUCCUCGCACGAUUCGGACGAGGGCAGCGACGAAGGCAUCCUAUUGGACGACCUGGAGGUGGACGAGGAGGACGACGAGGAGGGCAACAGCGAAGGGGAGGACUGCGAUGGCCAAAGCGGAGAUAAAAGCCGACUGGCGCGCUCGGAAUCGCCGUUCCGCCUCUCGUCAGAGAACGGCGGCGGCGGCGGGAUCGUGUGCAGCAUUUGCCAGAAAAUGUACAGCAACAAGGGGACGUUGCGCGUGCACUACAAGACGGUGCACCUGCGCGAGAUGCACAAGUGCAAAGUGGCCGGCUGCAACAUGGUGUUCAGCUCCGUGCGCAGCCGCAACAGACACUCGCAGAACCCCAACCUGCACAAGAACAUGCCCUUUGCCACACUCAUAGGCUGAACCUCCUCCGAGUCCUCAUCUGAGUCCUCGCCACCGCCUGUGUCCCUAAUACUUGACUCUUCCUCCUUUCGGAAUGACUCGAGCGAGGACUUUAUGCUUUAUGGAAAAAAAAACCUCUUUGUUUUCUUCAUUUGGAGUUUCAUGAACUUCUUCCCCCAGUUUUAUCUCCAAAGACUCUAUCAAACUUCUUAUUUGUGACCUUGCCUGCAGACGAGAUAGUAUCGAGGAAAAAAAACCAACAUGUAUUUGUGUAAUGAUAGCUUUUAAAUGACUACCCCCCCGCCCCUCCUUAAAACUGAGAAAAAAAAGCAUGACAGCUUCAUUUGUAAAUAUUGCCCCAGAGAGGCUUUUUGAUGUAAAAGACUUGUGAUGAUGGUCGUUUGUUUCUCUUUUUCCUUUUCUUUUCUUUUCUUUUUUUUUUUUUUUGCUUCUCUUGCUUAUGGUUUUCUGUUACAGUCCAGUACAAUACUUCCAGCUAUAAGCAAGAAAGAGGUAGCAUCUUAACUAUCUUGAGUCAUUUUAACAAUACGAGGGGGAAGGGAGUGAAGGUGGGGGGUUGGGGGCAGAGAGGAAAAAAAACAAAGAAAGAAAGAAAAAAAAACAAUAUCAUGUGAAUUACUUUGUUAGAUAUGGCCGGCAUGCUCUCUGAGGCUCCUACACUGAUAUUAUUCUGUGUUUUCUAUUGAUUUCUCCCCUGCCCCCUUCAUGUUUAUAUGAGCUUUAUUAGUAUACGAUUCCGUUUUUUGCACUUUGCAUCUAUACGAGGGGAUGUGUAAUAUUACUAGAACAGAGGACUUUUUUUUUUUUGCAAUGGUGAGUGAAGAGAUGUGUGUUUUGACGGUAAAUUUUAAUAUACACACAUCUGUUUUUUUCCCUGCACGUAGCCAAAUAUGGGGAAAAAAAAGAUAAUUCCCUUACAAUCGUCUCCCAAUACUUUGGCGGGGUACACACAUACAAAAUAAAUGGAUCACAGUGGACCCCUGUUUACUGGCAUUGACCUAUUUACAGAUUUUUUUUUAAUAUAAAAAAAAUUUGCAAGAUUUUUGGUCAAUAUGUUUUGCAAAGAGCCAAACCCCACUUUUAUGUUUGUAAAAAAAUGCACAAACACAAAUAUUAAAAUG